CCUAGGAAACCCAUUAUCCAACAUGGAGAUCCCUGAGGAGUACCUUUGGAUGGUGAUAGUCGGUUUUAUCAUCGCCUUCAUUCUGUCCUGUGGGAUUGGAGCUAAUGAUGUAGCUAACUCGUUUGGGACCUCGGUCGGUUCCCGGGUGUUGACCCUCAGACAAGCCUGUAUACUAGGUUCUAUAUUUGAAAUGCUGGGAGCCAUCCUCAUUGGAUACAGGGUCUCAGAUACGAUCCGGAAGGGCAUCAUUGACGUGGAAAUGUAUAACAAUGGAUCUGAGAAGGUCCUUAUGGCGGGCAACAUUUCCGCACUAACAGGAUCCUGUGUUUGGAUGAUAGCUGCUACAAUAAUGCGUUUGCCUGUUUCCACAACACACAGUAUCGUAGGUGCAGCCCUCGGAUUUUCCCUGGUUGCUAAGGGAGCGUCGGGAAUUAAGUGGAUCAAAUUAGGCUUAAUUGUUGGAUCCUGGUUUGUCUCGCCGAUUCUCUCGGGUGUCGUAUCUAUGUUAACGUUCAUGUUUAUCAACAAGAUGGUGCUACAGAAGGAAAAAGCCCUGGAAUCAGGCCUCAUGUUACUGCCUCUCUUUUACGGACUUACGGCCGCCAUCAAUGCUUUUUCCAUUUUCUACAAAGGGUCCAACCUGCUUCAUUUCAACAAAAUUCCGCUGUAUGGAGUGUUUAUUAUCACGUGCGGGUUGUCUAUACUGGUGGCGAUCGGAGUGAGUUUUUUUGUCGUCCCCUGGUACAGGCGGAAGAUUACAGAUGAAUGUAACCAAAAGAUUGAUGAAAAAAAUCAAGAAGUUGAAAAUGCUACCGAACUCGAGCAACUCAACGAUAACGAAGAUCUACCGGAGAUUGGGUUCGAAAAAAAGGUACCACGUAAGAAAAUCCGUGAAAGCAUAAAAGACAAACCCGAGGUGGUCAAGUUAUUUUCCUUCCUCCAGAUCCUCACUGCUGUGUUUGGGUCAUUUGCACAUGGCGGAAAUGACGUCAGUAACUCCAUUGGUCCUUUGGUUGCCAUUUGGAUGAUAGCAAAGGAAGGAACCGCCAUGCAGACGUCUUCCACUCCUUUGUGGACAUUGGUGUAUGGAGGGGCGGGCAUUGUCAUUGGAUUGUGGAUCUGGGGACGAAGGGUCAUCAAAACUGUUGGGGACGACCUCACCAAGAUCACGCCGUCAAGUGGGUUCUGUAUAGAGCUUGGAUCUGCUCUGACAGUCCUGAUAGCCUCAAACGUAGGUAUCCCCGUCAGUACGACACACUGUAAGAUUGGUUCCGUCGUAUUCGUCGGAAGGGUUCGUUCCAAGGUAAACGUCGACUGGAAAUUGUUCCGGAACAUUAUCAUCGCGUGGGUCGUCACACUUCCGGUCAGUGGUGGCAUCAGCGCCUUGGCUAUGCUUGGAUUACAGGAACUGAUAUGAGAUAGUAUGGAGGAGUUUUUUCCCCAUCAUUGGACAGUGUGCAAUUGUAGGCUUAUUCUUUGUAUAAAAAAAUCACCCAUAGCCACCGUACGGUACUGUUCUCUGCUACCUAUGUAGAUAUUCUUACGAGGAGUGUGUGUGGCAUUCGUCAGUCUUACUGACUAUGUAGAUUUUCGUGUGCGUGUGUGUGACACGAUGUCAUGUUUCCUUAGUAUUGAUAAUAUAGUGUUUAGAUCAUCAAAUUAUUCUUAAAUAAAAAAUGUGCGUAAAUGUGAAUUUGGUCUGAGAAAUUCUUGAUUUGAGCCUAAGUUUGAUGUCAUUUUUGUUUAAUCAGGGAGCUGCUAAAUUUCCGUAUUUAUAAGUGUGUUAUCAUUUAAUGCAGGAAUGAUUGAAAU